AUGGAGGUCGGAGGUAAGAGGUCGUAGAAACACGAAGGGAUCGUCACAUAGCGCCGACAUUUCGUCCGCUUUGUUGCCUCAAGCGACUCAGGUUUGUGUCGGUAGAAUGUUAUCGUAGCUGUAGUCGCUCCUCCUCCUCUAGCGACCAGCCACCACCACUCCCAACGCCGCUAGAUCCGCAAGUAGCGCCAUUUCGUUUACAGCCAGGAUCAGCCACCAGCCAAGAAGAGCAAAAAGUGCGAUUUUUUAGAGCAGGGCCAUACGGCAGCGCCACGGAAAUAGUUACCAUAGUUAACAUAGUAGCCAGCCGAUAGCAUGGCGCAACUGGCCAUGCUUCCGCUGAUGGACGAGUCCCCCGUGGCCGAGAAUAACGGCGCCAUGAGCGGCGGGUACAGCGGCGAGUAUAGCGGCGGCAUGUUCGCCCCGCAGACGAGCCCCGCCCCGCCCUUAUGGACGUCGCUAGACUCCAUGCACGGGCUCGACCAUGAAGCUUCCGGGUUCCUUUCCAUGGAUCCCUCCGACCAAGACGCAUCCCAGCAGCAGCAGCCGCAGCAGCAGCAGCAGCACUCGGACUACUCCCACCACCACAGCCACCAGCCAUCGGAUUAUCCCAACGUACGGCGAGAUCUUCUCGAGGACGAUAACUUCGGCAGCGGCGAGUUCGACCCGUCGUCCGCGGGAAGCGGGGGGGGGGGGAGUGUCUGAUGCUGUACCAGAACGCGCACGGGGGGGAGGAAGACGACAUGGUGGGGAGUCUUAAUCUCCGCAUCUCCCCGCAGCCCGAUGCGUCAGAUCUCACCUCCGCGCUCUUUUCCGAGGGCCAGGCGAGCAACAACGGCGGCGGGGCGACGCUCGGCGGGUCGUCGGCGUGGCAGCUGUGCGACAACCUGUUCGCAGAGCCGAUAGUCGACUGCGGGGAGCUGCUAUCGGGCGACGGUGACGGCGACGGCGACGAUCUGCUCGCGGCUUCCGCGGGGCACGACGAGGCGGAGCAGGCGGGAGGCGGAAGCGGAAGCGGCGGAGAAGGAGCGGAGUUGAAGGACCCCGCCGCAGCGUAUCUUACGCCGGUAAAGGCGCCGCAGGUGCCGACGAGUUCGGACCCAACGGAGGUGGCAACACCGGGAGGUGACAAGAGCGAGGGCGAUUUCAGCACGCCGCAGGUGCCAAGCGCGGGCUUCUCCCGCCCGCGCAGCCGCUGCCCCACGGAGCGGGGACUUGCGCAGAAGGGCGCGCUCAUGACCCCGGCCGGCGGAGCAACGCGCGCAACCCGCGAGAACCUGAUGCGGCGGCUGGAGGCGGGCGGGGCGCCGGAGCCGUGGACCCCCGUGACCCCCGCGAAGGACGAGGCGGGAAAGAGGUCUCCCGACCAGCUUGCGCGCGUAGCGGUGUCGCUGGACGCGGAACUCGGGCUCUUCGCGGACUCCCCGCCGCUGCCCGUGGGGGUUUCCGCGGCCCACGGGGCGAGCGGGUCUGAGCUGACAAGCUCGGCUUUUGAGACGUCGCAGGUGGAGGGAGGGUCAAUGCUGUGGGGCGGGGCGCCUCAGCAGCAGGCCCAGGUGCAGGGGCAGUACUACCAAAUGCCGCAAUAUCAGCAGCAGUAUCAUCAGCAGCAACAGCAGCAGCAGCAGCAGAUGGCGUAUAACAACGGACGGAUGCUGGAGGCGUCGAGCUCCCGGACCAUGUCUGCAGGCGCUGUGCAGAGCAUGCUGGGCGGACAGCAGCAGCAGCAAUACCAGCACCAGCACCAGCACCAGCACCAGCAGCAGCAGCAGCAGCAGCAGCAGCAAUAUGGCCUGGCGGGGCAGCAUGGGUUCUCUGUAACGCCAGGCGAAGGCGCACACAUGCGCGUGGACCCUGCGGAAGCCUCCGACAUGUCGCUCUUCUUUGACAUGGAGCAGCAGCAGCAGCAGCCGCAGCCGCCGCAGCAGCCGCAGCAGCAGCAGCCGCAGCAGCAGCAGCAGCAGCCCCAGCAGUACCAGCAGCAGCAGCACUACCAGCAGCAGCAGCAGCAGAGCCGGGGGUACCACCAGCAGCAGCAGAUGCAGCAGCAGCAGCAGCAGAUGCAGCAGCAGCAGCAGCAGGAGUCGGACGUAGUUCGGGACUUCCUCGCCUCGCCUCCAGACGGCGACGCUGCGCUCGACAGCCUGGUUCUUGACGGCCUGCCGUGCGACAGACGGCUGUCCGGCCAGAUGAUGCUUCCAAAGGAUCUGGCGUCGCUGAUGAACGACGCUGACGUGGACGCUACUGCCGCCACGUGGCCGCAGCCGAAUAACAACACCGUCUCCCCCCCUCCCCACAGUAACGGCUACAAUAAUGGCGCUGGUAGUCUGAGCAUCGACGCAGCAGCAGCAGCUGCUGCUUCUGCUGCGCCUGCCUCAUCGGUCGGUGCUUGCCUGACGCGCCCUCCAUCUGUCUACCCAGCUGCGGUCCCCUCCUCCUACCAGUCAUCCCAUCUCCUCACCGCCUCGUCAUCCGGCCCUCUGCCCGUCUCCUCCGCUGGCCCCCCUCCCCCCCCUCCGCGCGUGCUGUCCGCACCUGCGCCCUCCGCGUCGUCCGCGCAGUCCGCUGCGCCCAUGCGCCUAACCAUGCCGCUGCUCGUGAUGAACCGACGGGCGCCCCCUGCGGCGCAGGUGGGUGGCGCUGCUGCUGCUUCAGCCUCCUCUAUGAUUCAACCCGUGAUGCAGCAAGGCCAGAUGCACCAGCAGCCCAAGGCGAUCCAUUUGAGCUGCUCCUCAUCCCACCAGCAGCAGCAGCAUCAGCAGCAGCAGGCGCCGCCCGUGCAUCCGCAGCAGCAGCAUCAGCAGCAGCAGGCGCCGCCCGUGCAUCCGCAGCAGCAGCAGCAGCAGCAGCAGCAGCGGCAGCCACAGCAGUACCAGCCUCAGCAGCCACAGCUCCAGCAGCAGCAGCAGCAGCAACUUCCGCAUCCGCCUCAGUAUCAGAUGGCUCCACAAGUCAACUCUCAAGCCAACCCUCAAGUCAGCCAACAGACAAUCACCUCCCACACUCAAGUGCGCCAGCAGCAGCACCAUCAGCACAACUCAGCGUGCCCUUAUCACAACCAGCAGCAACAGCACCCCCAGCACCACCAACCGCAGCCACAGCUCCAGACACAGCAGCGCGUGCAGCAGCAGCAAAGCGUUUGCCACACUCACCCCCAGCACCAGCAGCCGCAGCAGCAGCAACCAUACUCCCAGCCUUGUCAACCGCAGCAGCAGUGGCAACCAGCCCCUCCUGCGCAACAGCAGCAGCAACAUUCUGGCAAUAACAAUGGGAAUAAUACCUAUGCUCGUCCACCUCAGUUCCAGGGACAGCAGAGCCUGUCCCAGCAAGCGCCUUCCCAGCAGAGUCUGCCCCAGCAGCAGCCUACCGUGCUACCCCAGCCGCUGAGUCAGCCACAGAAGCUGCAACAGCAACCACCAAGGGUGCCCCCCGCAUUUCAGCAGCAACCGCAGCAACUACAGCCACAGCAACCUCAGCUACAGCAGCAGCAGCAGCAGCAGCCACAGCAGCCGCAGCAGCAGCCACGCGCUCAGCAGCAGCAUUCUCAACUGCAGAGGCAGACCAGCCAGUCUCGUGUGCCUCAGGCUAAAGUCCCAGCUCCAGCUGCACCAGCUCAGAAGCAGCCUCCUCAGAAGCAGACGUCGUCUGGAGGUGCAAAGCGGAAAGCAGAGGAGCCAUCAAAAUCUGGUGGAAAUGCCACGUCGCCACGACCCCAGCCCCCUCCCGUGAAGAGGAUUAAGUCUGAAGAUGCGUGCGAGCAGACAAUCAGGCAGCCUUCACCAUCUCUUGUUCCUGCUGCUGCUGCUCCGCCUCCUGCUGCUGCUGCUACUGCUCCAGGUGGGCCAGUUGAUCUGACCUGCAGGGAGCAGGAGCAGCUGGGCUUGGAGACAGGCGACGACACUGAUGGAGUGGUGCUGAACGAGCCAUCGGCGAAGGGAUCCAAAAGCGGUACUCCUGCUGCAGCUACUGGUACUGCUGCUGUUUCAGUGAAGGCCGAGCUUCCUCCUGCUGCUGACGCUAAAAAUGUGAAAGCGAAGGCUGCUGAGGUGCAAGUUAAGGAGGAGACAGGCAAAGGUGGGAGCCGAUCAGGUGGAGUUCCUGGAAGCAGCUCUCAGAAGGAGAGUGGUAACCAGGCGUUCCAGGACGACUUGGGGGAAGAUGGAGCGGUGGAGGACGGGGAGGACGACGAGGGGGGGGUGAUGGUGGGACGGAAGAGGUCAUUUGUGCAGAAUCCAGCGGCCUCUGCAGCGAGGAAGAGACGCCAUGACAUGAACCAGCGGCUGAAAGUGCUCGUGGAUCUCGUCCCUAACAGCAGCAAGGGAGACACUGCAUCAAUGCUGCUUGAAGUUAUCGAGUACGUGAAGGCCCUGAUGUCUCGGAUCUCUGAAGCAGUCGGUGAGAACAAUACUCAGCAGCUAGCUCUGACCAGGAGCUCAAGCAUCCAGAGCCAAGCAUCACCACAAGUGGAAUAUGAGCCCAAUCCCAAUGGAUCCCAGCAAUGGGUUUCAGCAGGCCCACAGCAAUCGAUGCCCAGCAAUCCCACCUCGAUGUUGCCGACAUCAUCCACAUGUGAUCCGACGGCUGGCAUGCUUCCGUCUGCACCGACGAAUGGGAUGAGCGCGCGAGCUCUUCAGGCUGCGAAGUUCCGUAUGCGACGAAAGAUGAUGGCGGCGAAACUCGAAGCAGAGCGCAAGAAUGGCGGUGCUCCUAGCCUUGCGAAAGAUAGCGAGAAUGGCGAAGUGGUUUCAAGCGACGGCGACAAGUCAACAGGUGACACGAAAUGCCCACAGCGAAAUCUAGCUUCGCGACAGUGCUCCCUCGUCAAAGUAGGUCUAGCUAAGAAGGUCUACGCACUUCAGCAGAAGAAUCACAAUACUAUGUAGGAGAUACACUAGCCACAUACAAAGGUCUAGUAGGCAUUCUUCCCACUUUUAGCAUAUGGUAAUAACCCAUAAUUUGAUUUGUUCUAAUGUAAUGAAUUGUCAUAAAUGAA